AUGAAGUUAUUAGAAAAUGUGGAGCUAGAACAACUGUCAUACACGUUUGGAGAGCAUGCAAAGGAUUGUUGCAUUGAUGUGAGGCUGGAAGCAUACUCUUGCAAAAUGAUAACAUCCGACAAGAAACAGUGGAAGAGAAGUCAGAAAAAUGGCAGUAAUACUCCGCAACCGCUUUCACCACCAGAGAAAUUACCAUGGCUUCUAUCAUGGACGCAGGAUCCGCGUUUACGCCAUUAUUCAGAACCUGGUUGUUCCAGUUUAAAUAUUAGUAUCGAAGAAAAUGGUUUGGUAUAUGCAGACGCGAUUUCCUCUCGAACCCUUUUUGAAUUGAGGUCGGUAAUGAACGCAUCAUUUCAAGAUUAUGAUUUUUCUUCUACAAAGAGCGAAGCAUUCUCUCUUCUUCCUAAUUUUGAAACAUUAGCCGGUUUGGUUGAUUCAAAACUUUCUGCUACGGUAACAAAUUAUUAUGAGAUUAAAAGAGCACUGUGGGAAAGAGUCGAUCAAGUCAUCAAAAUUAAUGAUUGUAAAUUGUACAGUUACCGAACAGGAUACACUGGCGAUCCGUACUGUGAAGACUUGGUGAUGUGGUCAUUUGCAUACUUCUUUCACAAUAAAUCUCUAAAACGCAUUCUCUUUAUGUCAUGUCGUGCAUUCCGAGCUGAUACUGCUCAGAAUCGGUCAGCGGAAGAAUUAUGGGGUGUAGAUAUAUAA